CGAAAAAUUGCCCAAACCACCAGAACCCGCCAAGUGUUCGAGCUAUUUCAGAUUUUUUUGUUUCGCGCUGUCGUUCGUCUUGUGCGUUUAUGUGCGCGUUAUUCUGCACUUUUCCCGUGGAUUAGCGAGGUUUUCAUGGAUUUAUUGACGGAAACUCGGGCGAAAGAAUGAUGAUAGUGACAGUGUUUAACUAUGGGUCCAAGACUUCAGUGCCCAUUACGCCUCAUACAACUGUUUCGGAUAUUAUCGAAUGCUGCAGGGAUCCAGGAGAUGAACACUGCAAACUGAUUUGCCCGGCAAUUGAAGAUGUGCCGCUUAAGGACUCGGAUCGUCCUCUGGAAAUUCUGCAACGAUGGGGAUCCGGUCGGCUGAUGCUCCGCUACACCACAUUAAGGGCUAAUGGAGAGACCAUCGAAAAUAGAGAUGGUAUGAAGGAGCCCGAACACUUUGGUGAAACGUUACCAGACGGAGUGCAGUUGACACUGACCGAGCUGCGCGACAUGGCGUGCAGGCAGCAGGCGCAGAUCGACUCGCAGCACCAACUUCUAGCCGCCAAAGAGCAGCGCCUGCGCUACUUGAAGGAGCAGGAUGCGCGAACGCAGCGCGUCCAAGCCGAAAGCGAGCGACUGCGCCGCUUGCGCGACCGCGUGGAGGCGCAGGAGCUGAAGCUGCGCAAAUUGAGAGCGCUGCGCGGACAGGUGGACCAUCAGAAACAGAAUAACAUUAGUCUCACAAGUGACCUUGAUUCAAUUAGAGCGCUCUUCAAUGAAAAGGAGAAGGAGCUAUCGCUGGCUGUUGCCAAAGUGGAAGAGCUGACACGACAACUGGAAGAGUUGAGACGAGGGCGAACGAAUAGAGACCCACCGCCGGCCUCAGCUUUAGAGCUAGACAAAUUGAGACGGGAGCUAAUGUUUCGAAACAAGCUAAACGAGCAACAAAAUCAAAGGCUUAACCAGCAAAGGGAGGCACUUACUGCCAGACAGGAGGAAAUGAGCGCUAUCGAUAAAAGGAUAUCGGAACUGCAGGAAAGGCUGCAGAGGAAACGGCACCUCAACCAGCAGCUGGCGAGCCAAAUUAGCGCCGCUUCGCAUAAAGCUGCUUACCACCAAUUUGUUCGGUUAACUGGAACUGCUGAGCAGAACAAUGAAGCUUUCGCCCGCAGCCAAAUUCAGAACACCAUUCCUCCCAAUGGUUUGCUGCGAAGUAAUAUUGCGGCGGUCGAACCAUACAAUCAUGUUCCUUUACAGCAAAAUCAACCGAUUCGAAGCACUCAAACACAAGACCAAACGGCAUAUCAUCCGGCAUAUCAGCAACAUAUCAAACUGGAACCCAACAACGAUGUCCAAGAACAAUUGGCCCACAAGAUGGCCAAUGUCUACAUUCCGCGAAACGACGACGACAAUCUGAAGGAAUUCUCCGUAUCGAAAUCAGACCCCAAAUAUCAAACAUUGCCUUACAACACCAAGUUCACCGUCAACCUGCUGACCAACAACAAGAACCUGAAGAACGACCACAACAGCAACGAGAAAGACGACAGUAACUACAUAUCAAAUGCAGUCAACAGCAAUAUGAACAAUGUCAUCCAGGCGGCGCAUAUGAUGGUGCACAGCGCCCCACUCAGUCAAGUGAACAAGAACAUUGCGACGCCGCUGAAUCAACACGACUUGAUCAGUCGCAAGAACAGCGACGGAAAGGACCAGAAUCUUUUCUCCAACGGCAACCAUGCCAAGGAGGAGCUGAUUGUCCGGUCCAACAAGUUCCAGAACGAACAGCACACAUAUCCAAGCGCCAACUCCGCGUCCACAUAUCAAAAGCCAAUUAGUAGCGUAGCGCCCACUUCGAUCCACCACUCCAACAUUCCAUCCACAGUCUACCAGACGUCGUCAAUCAAAGUCCAGCCAGUGGAGCCUCAAACCAUCACCACCACGACCAAACCACCUUCUUCGGUCUACCAGGGCAACCAAACUCUCCCGUCGCCGCAGGGCAGUGUUCUGUCGCCACCCCAAUCAACCAGCACUCCCUUAUCAACCCCCGAGGUGUCUCAUGACAGCACCCCAAAACCAGCGCUGCCUCCUAAACCUGCGAUCAAGCCGCCCCCCAGACAAACGCAGAUCUUCACUGAAGAUCCCGCCACCAGACCGCCGCCCUUGCCCCUGACAGAACCACCUGAAGACAAAUCGUCGCCUCCUGUGGGAGCCAAGCCGCCCACUCAGAAGCCUCCCAGCAGCGAAAGUGCCACUAAAAGCGCCUCGGGGGCGCCGCCCCCUCAAUCUGAAAUGAUCAUCAAGCCGAAACCGCUCAACAUCAAGAAACAGCAGCUUAGUGAGCAACCGAAGCUGCGCAGCCUCAGCUCCAGCUCCAAGCUGAAUGGCUUGAUCUUGAGCAACCGGCGAAUCGAGUUACCGCCAGUCUUUCAUCCUUAUGCAGAGUCGCAGCAGCAGUCGGCAGAGAAGCAAGAGACUGCUCAGCUUCAAGAAAAGGAAGUCUCCAAGGACGAAACUGAUCGAAGCUCCAAAUCAUCAGUGGACGAAACCAGUAGCACCGACUCCAAAGACCUGAGGGAGGACAACGUGAUCAGAAGAAUAAAGAAAGGCAACUUGAAGCAGACGGGCAAGCACAACUUGUCCAGAAGAGUCAGCUUCGACCCAUUGGCCCUUCUGUUGGACGCCAGUUUGGAGGGCGAGUUGGAACUAGUGAGGAAAACGGCCACUCAGGUGACCAAUCCGAGCGCAGCAAACGAUGAAGGCAUCACAGCCCUGCACAACGCGAUUUGUGCAGGACACAUUGAAAUCGUGAAGUUCCUGGUGGAGUUCGGGUGCGACGUGAAUGCGCAGGAUAGUGAUGGCUGGACGCCCCUGCACUGCGCAGCCAGUUGCAAUAACCUGACGAUGGUCAGGUUUCUGGUCGAGCAUGGAGCCUGCAUUUUUGCUACCACGUUAAGCGACCACGAAACAGCGGCGGAAAAAUGUGAGGAAGACGAAGAAGGGUUCGAUGGAUGUUCGGAAUAUUUAUAUAGUGUACAGGAAAAAUUAGGAAUUCUCAACGGGGGCACAGUUUACGCAGUGUUCGACUAUACAGCCCAACAGCCCGACGAGCUCACAUUCAGAGCAGGCGAACAGUUCACGAUUUUGAGGAAAGGAGACGAAAAUGAGAGAGAGUGGUGGUGGUCGAAAUUAGGAGAUAAAGAAGGAUACGUGCCCCGAAACUUAUUGGGGCUCUAUCCGAGGGUCCAGAAAAGCGAAGACAACUAGUAGAAUAUACUAUUUUGGAUAUAUGCAAACACAUGUACCUUUUUCCUGAUUUAAAUAUAAAUAGAUAGAAUUUUCCAAUUUCUAAGCACAAAGCACCGAUUGAGUAUUGCUCUCAAGUACUUGGAUAUGAAUUUUCAUCCUGUUGAUUGUAACGUUGAAGUGGCACUGGUGCUUGACUUGUUUUGUUAAAACUUGAAAAAAGCAUUCCACUUGAGCCACUUCAACCGAGAAGCAAUAACUGUUCACACACAAGGCAGCAUUAAAAAAAUGUCUGUUAUGAUGCAAAAUAAAUCAAAACUUCUGUAUUGUUAACAUAGUUAAUUUUGAACCUUGGCUCAAUAUAGCCCCUAUAUUGUUUUAGUUAAAGGUUUGGCAGCGUAUUGUUUCAAAUGCACGUGAAAGUCCAUAUCAAAGAGAAGUUAUUCAUACAUGGUUAGCUUUAUGUUAUAGUGCAAUGAAUCAGUCUUUAGUAGUUUAAGUUAAAGGUUUGUAAUGUAAUUUUUGUCCUCUACAGCUUAAUUGUAUUAUUGUAAUAUUUGCUUUAAUAUAUUUUCGAUUUAUGUAAAUAUAUACAUAUGAAGAAUAAAGUCUAUUUACAAUUA